AUGGAUGUCCAGUCAUUGCAACUUCUCGUGGAAGAAGUAGUAGCAAAAAGGAAUGAGCUGGAACCCGUAGACAUCGGAAUCUCGUCGAAAGCACUUUUUCCUGGUUCAUCCUCAAUACAGCUGGAAAUGCCUGUUGAUCAUCAAAAUCAGUCGGAAGAUGCGGCUAGCAAGCGUCGUCGCGUUCGACAACAGUCCUUGAGUAGGAAAAAGCUCGGCAGCUCAACGUUUUUGAUCUGUGCAUUGACCUGUACCCAACGAGUUCUUGAUCAGUUUGCUCCCUUUGUAUCACAAUACAUCCCGGAGGUCCUCGUUCAGUUCUGCCGCCUUUAUGGCCGGGUGACUUUUCAUGAUCUUGCUUCAGGGUGCCACGAUGUUGAUGGAGGCACGAACACAUAUGUUCCAGAUAAGUCACUUCCUGUCUUCCGACAUCUAGCAUACAACAUCGACUCGAGCUUAUCCGCGCUGCUUUGCUCAAGUUGGAAAUGCGCGUAA